GGUGCGAGCCAAUCCCAGGACGUUUCGGGCGCAUAGAUUGUGCGUAAGAGCAGCGGGACCAGGUGGCUUGGCUGGGCAUUUAUGUGGAGGUCAGCGUUGUGCUGGGAGGUUUGACUUUCUUGGCAACGCAGAAGCAACAUUUGAGUUGACACGGAUGGCUACCAAGAUCUUUGAGACAGUCGGCAAACUCGGCCUGGGGUUGGCGAUUGCUGGCGGAGUUGUCAACUCUGCUCUCUAUAAUGUUGAUGCAGGCCAUAGGGCUGUCAUCUUUGACCGGUUCCAAGGCGUUCAGGACAUUGCGGUGGGAGAAGGGACCCAUUUUCUUAUUCCCUGGGUGCAGAAGCCAAUCAUCUUUGACUGUCGUUCUCGCCCACGUAAUGUUCCUGUAAUCACCGGGAGCAAAGAUCUACAGAAUGUGAACAUCACACUGCGAAUCUUGUUCAGGCCAGUGACUAAUCAGCUUUCCCGGAUUUAUACUACUAUCGGCGAGGAUUAUGACGAGCGGGUGUUGCCUUCCAUCACAACUGAGAUCCUCAAAUCUGUGGUGGCUCGUUUUGAUGCUGGCGAGUUGAUCACGCAGAGAGAACUAGUUUCCAGGCAAGUGAGUGAAGACCUCACAGAAAGAGCAGCAACAUUUGGCCUCAUAUUAGACGAUGUUUCCUUGACGCAUCUGACUUUUGGAAAGGAGUUCACAGAAGCAGUAGAAAUGAAGCAAGUAGCCCAGCAAGAGGCAGAGAGGGCCAGGUUCAUUGUGGAAAAGGCAGAGCAGCAGAAGAAAGCUGCUAUAAUCUCAGCUGAGGGGGAUUCGAAGGCAGCUGAGCUCAUCGCCACUUCACUGUCUUCUGUGGGCGACGGCCUCAUUGAAUUGCGCAAACUUGAGGCAGCUGAAGACAUUGCUUACCAGCUCUCACGGUCCCGUAACAUCACCUACCUGCCAUCAGGACAGUCGGUGCUGCUCCAGCUACCCCAAUGAGUGCCCUCUCUGUCCCCAUCCAUGUUUUUUCUACUAUUUCCUUGAAACUUAACAGAUUAGCCAAAAGUAUAUAAUCACUGAGAAUUUUCAAUUUGGGGUUGACAAAUAUCAAGAAAUCCAAAUCUAAUAGAUUGGAAAUCCCUUAAUCUAACUAAGGCAAUCAAUCUCCCUUUCUUGUUCUAGAAUGUUAUUUUUAGCAGAUCAGUCCUUGGAAUAAAAGCUGUAAAGGAGUGGGGAUUAAGAGGGGAAGGAUUUUGUGUGUGUGUGCACCGGAGGCAACUUCUAUUUUAGCAGGACCUUGCUAUAUCAGUUCAUUAUAGGCAAACUGUGGUCUCUAUAAUCAGCACUAGGACAACUUUGGCUCGCUGCUGUUUAUGGAAAAGAGAAGGGGAGCUUUUCCACUUACUCUCCUGCCAAAUCCAAUAUUGUAUAGGGACAUAAUCAACUUUAAGUAGUGAUCUAGCUCCAAAUUCCCAGUUCUACAGCACUGCAACAGGGCAGAUUAUAACACCUGAUAUGGUUUCAGCUCUAAGAGUAGAAGGUUCCCACAUGUGGAAUAGCAGUACUUCUGGCCUUCACAUUAAAAAAUUCCAUUCUUGGGACAGCCCUCUCCUCUCCUCUCUGGCUUGUCUACACAGUUGCUACCCAUUGUGCAGAAAAGCACUGAUUUUGCAAGCAGCAGGCCUCUUUCACAUGUCUCAAGAUCAUACUUUAAAAAGGGGUAUGCAGGCUUAUUCCACUGAUAGCCUGAUGCUGGUCACAUUCACAAGUGUGUUAUCAGGACUCGUUUAAAGUAAUGAAAAGAUGUUCACUUAGCAAUGAAGCUGCAAAAGAUGAGAUUGUAUUAACCAGCUUUCAAUUAAUGAACAAAUAAAACAUACCUUCUUAA